AUGAGUUUGGGGCAUGAUCAUUCGACCAUCCUCUGUGAUUCUCGAUUUCUGCUCUGUGGAUUAGUUUAUGCGAUUACCUGCAUAGUCUGCAUCCUCGUGCUUGUCCAGCGUAUCAGGAGUCGACAACGGAGAAGGCGCUUGCUGCUGGAGGGGCAAAUGGAUUCGCCAUUUGAAAAAGUUAGUGGCGAAGGGUCAUCUGGUGCAACAGGCGCAGGGUUACCUCCCCCUACACACGGCCUCGACGAUGUUCGUGCGUCAUUACCUUCUGCUUGCGAUAUCCUGCAGCCUUUAUCCCAGUCUUCGUCGUUGCCCCCAAGUGGCUACCUGGCCGCUGUCCUAGACCAAGAGCGGAGAAAUAGACUGGAGCAAGCCUAUGAGGAAGAGAAGCGAAACGUUCGUCCAUCUAGUUCGGCUCUCCCUAGUCCAGACGACUCCUCGUCACUGGCAUCGCCAACAGACCCCAGCCACGGAAACCCACCAUCUGGAAUCGAGAGCUCUCCCACGCAGGCCGAUAAUUUCUCCCAGGCGACAUCUCCCCCAAUCGAGCGAGGUGCAGAGAGGGAAGAUCAGGCACAUCCCAGUUCUCCCGAACUUCGCGAAACUCAGUCGGUCCAAAAGCGUAGCCAACAGAUCCAUGUUCUACACGAUGUAGACGAUGAGGGUGUCCGAACCUGGAGACGGUGGGUGAUUGAAUACAGCUAA